CGAGAGUAGUCACCAAAACAAACGUGGGAUAAAACAGUCCUCUAACUUUUAUGAAAUAGCUACAUAAGAUGAUAAAAUGCCUAUUUGCUGGCUUAUCAGCGAGGAGGGCAGUCAUAAACCCAUUAAACUGCCACAUCUACAGGCAGUUGUGUUGGGCCGAGGUCCAGAAACUACCAUUAAAGACAAAAAGUGCUCGCGACAUCAAGUUGAAUUGAAGGCCGAAUGCAACAAAGGUUAUGUCAAAGUUAAACAGCUGGGCUUGAACCCAACAUCCAUAGACUCUGUGGUGGUUGGUAAAGACAAUGAGGUCAAAAUGAAGCCAGGACAGAAGCUUCAUAUUGUCAAUCAGCUCUUCCCGUACGUUGUACAGUUCAAGGAGGAUCCAACUGGGGACAGCUGUGCAUCUAAAAGACCACGAGAGCCUUCAGAGGACAGAAAGAGUGACAAAGAGGCUCACACUCCAAAAAUAGUCAAACAAACAGAUAAAGAGUUUGUGCCACAACAAAACCAAGAAGCCACAAAAAGCAAUGAAAGUUUCGGACAUUGGAGCCAAGGCCUGAAGAUGUCAAUGCAGGACCCAAAAAUGCAGGUUUACAAGGAUGAUAAAGUAGUGGUCAUCAAAGAUAAAUACCCCAAAGCUCGCUACCACUGGCUGGUCCUGCCGUGGCAGUCCAUUUCCAGUCUGAAGGCACUGCGUGGGGAGCACACUGACCUGCUGAAACACAUGCAGAAGGUUGCUGAGCAGAUGGUUGAGCAGUGUCCACAUAAGAGCUCACUACGCUUCCGCACAGGGUACCAUGCCAUCCCCAGUAUGAGUCAUGUACACCUCCAUGUGAUCAGCCAAGACUUUGACUCCCCCUGCUUGAAGAACAAAAAGCACUGGAACUCUUUCACAACCGACUACUUCAUUGAGUCACAUGAUGUGAUUAACAUGCUUGAAACAGAUGGAAAGGUCGCAGUCAGAGAGGGAACCAGUGAGUUGUUGAAACUACCUCUCCGCUGCCAUGUGUGUCGAAAAGAGUUUCCCACAAUCCCUGCUCUGAAGGAACACCUAAAGUCUCACCUUCCUAGCUAAGAAGGCCAGCUAGAAGAGAAGAUAAUGCUGCAGAAGUUUAUCGGUUCAACAGUGAAUUGCAGUUUGGUGGACAUUUUAUUCGCAAAUUGAUUCUAGUUUUAGUUUUAUAAACAUUUGUUGGACUAUUUCCUGUUGAAAGUUUGAAUAUGACAGAACCACAAUACCCAUUAGAAAUAUGGUUUUAUGUUUACAUUUUCAUUUAUUGGUAAACUUAAUCAGAGGCUAAUUCUAAAGAUUAAUUAAUUGCAUGUUUGAUUUCUUUAGUUGUGUUGCAUCUGAUGUUCUCAUAUUUUUAAAGAUGUUUCAUUUUCUUGUAAUAAACUUUUCUAAGAACUGAA